GAGGCCAGAUAGAAGGCCACUGGGUGUCGCUCUGGAGCAAGAAAUGGCGCUGCUUCUCCCCCUCCCCUAAACAUCUCUGAGUGUGUGCAUGUGUGUGAAUGUGUAGCGCCGAGAAAGUACGUCUGUGUUUCCAGCUGACUGCUCGCUCGCGCUCUCUCAGUGUGUGUGUGUAUGUGUGUGUGUUGUCAUUAUUAUUAUCCAGUCUGCUCCCAGCUCAGAAUGGCCAGAUUCACUCAGACUGAGACAAGAAGGGAGCAGCACCCACAGCCGCCCCAUCCCGCUCACUCCAGCCUGCUUCUCACUGGACCCGGGGCAGCACCGACCCAACAUCCACUCCUCCUAAUCCCGCACCAGCACCAGUACGCUCAGAUCCCAUUUCCUAAACCCAUGAACGGGUCAGAAUCCAUCUCCAUUCAUCCGGAGAACGGCACCAUGAAAGACCAAGAUGCCAUAAAACUCUUUAUCGGGCAAAUACCGCGGAACCUCGAGGAAAAAGACCUGAAACCAUUAUUCGAACAGUUUGGGAAAAUCCACGAAUUGACAGUAUUAAAGGACCGAUACACCGGCAUGCACAAAGGCUGCGCGUUCCUCACCUACUGCGCCCGCGAGUCGGCCAUCAAAGCCCAGAACGCCCUCCACGAACAGAAGACACUGCCGGGGGUAAGUCCACUGCCAGCCUUUUGCCUCACCUCUUUAAGAGGGCCACCAUGCCAGUCAAAGCUAAAGCCAUAUGUUUUAGACAGAGAGCUAAAUGCUUUGGAGCAGAAAUCAGUCGAUAACCCAGCCUUUUAAGAUCAGGCUUUGAGCCAUUUCAUGGUACUUCUCCCUGGGGACAUUUGCAGGCAUUGAUCCGAUGCUUUCAGCGCAGGGUUUGGGGAUGCAGGGAUAGCAAAUGUCAAUUCAUUUGUUCUCUCAAUUUUUCCAAACUGCUCCAUUUACGCAAAAAGCCAGUGAGUCAUUGUUGCCCAGUUGCACAAAAGUAUUCCAAACGCACAAAAAUAAACAUAGCGGGGUGCAGCGAGAGUGUUUCCAUUGAGUGAUAUGUGCUUCUGUGGACGCCUGGCAAUUGCAGCUGCAUUCAAAGCACAAAACACACUCGGAGGUCUGACAGUAGUCUUUGCGGCCGUACACAGCCAUAGUGAAUGGUAUAACCAUGACAUGUUGUUAUGCUGGCAAACAUAUCUUCUGAAGUAACCUGCAGGAAACUUGGAUGCACAGAGAGCAAUGUAGAUUUAAAUAUGGCACCAGCAGUAUUGCAUAUUGCC